CUGAGAGAGCACUGAAAUCCAAGAGAAUGGGGAUACAGUGGGGCUUCUGGGUCUGGUACGAGAGAGGCCGGGAACUUCUCUAAGAAGAUGGCCCCUAGGGGAGGUCUGGAAGGGAGGGACCAAUGUGACUCAGUUCAGUCCUCAUCUUGGGCUCUUUUAAGGACAGCCUGUCUUUCUUUAAUAGGCAGAGUGGUGGUCAUUCACUCUGCUUUGGCUUUUUUUUUCAUUCAUACAACUUUCACUUCAUCCUGGUUUCACAUCCAGAAAAAUUUUUAAGAUAUGUUGCUUUUGCUGUAUCUCACAAUCCUUGCCUCGCUUUUACUUCCUCUUAGAGUUAGGGCCCUUCUCUCCCCCUGUUCCCUUCACUUAGUCUUUUCCCUCCUUGAUGACUUUGCGAGCUUUGCCACCUGCCAUUCUGUUGCAGCUGCAGUGUUUGUGACUAAUCUAAAUUUGGCCCAAAAAGCAAAUUCUUGGGUCGAGCGUAACGCCUGUAUGAGUAUACACAUUUCACAUAUUGACUCAACAGUAACAUCUUUAUGUAUCAUAUAAAUAGGUUGAUGUGUUUUGUACUUCUCGUGUUUUGUAAGAACAUUGUUUUAAAUUGCUGUGGCCGACUGCAUUGCCUGAAAUAACUUCAGUGUCAGCAACACCAGUUGAGUGCUGUGGUGUGUAGAGUGCUGUGGGGCGUUGUGGGAGUGUGGAAAAGGUUGUGAGGAAACAGAUGACCAUUCCUUAUUCUUGGGAGCCUUACGCAGUGGUUACAGAGACAGUGUCCAUUCACAUGAAGGCUUACUAAAAUUUACGUAACAGUAAAUCAACUAAGUGGUCAUUUCUCUGGACAAGUCACUGCAGGUCUUUGUGCUUUGCUUUGCCCAUCUGCAAAACAGGUACAGUACUUACCCUCUUGUUAGAGGAAUGUCCUGUCAUGAGAAUGUGGUGAAAUACGAGAUUUUAUAAGAAAAUCCUGAAUCACAGGCCUAAACAUGGGUAAGGAGGUCAUGCUGAUGUUGAGAAGGAGCAGAGUAGAUGCACUCGGUACCUGAGAAACGUGCACUGGUUUUACUAGAAUGUUGAUGUGAAGAAGGGUCCCGCUGACUCCCUCUUCUGUCAGGGAGCCCUGGGGAAGGGUUGCUCUCACUCUUGGCUCCUCUCUCCUCCCUCAGCUCCACCUGUUCCCCAGGUGCCUGCUCUUCCCCAUGAGGGAAGCCCAGGAGACCAGGCAGCUACGCUCCUGACAGCCAGGUACCAGCAGACCCCAGUUUCGGAAUUGACCCUCUUCAGAGACCUGGACUUCACAGAAACCACCUCCCCAUGUCCCCACCUCCACCAGUAAACACUUUUCCUUCUCUAUCUCUGGUGCUGUGAUGGGCGUUUAUUAGAUAUUAAAGGUUAUGGAACUUAUUCCCUAGUUUCUAGUCUGUUUUCCCUCCUCCCCAACUUUGUUGUACACUGGUCACUCUCUCUGUGUCAUCUCCUUCAUUUUCUGGCCAAUAUGCUAUAGUGGCCUCAUUCCCAGAGCAGCCAGGCUGUGUUAUUUCAGGAGUUUGUGACAUUCGAGGAUGUGGCUGUGCACCUUACUCGAGAGGAAUGGGGAUGCCUGGACCCUGUUCAGAGGGAUCUCUACAGAGAAGUGAUGUUAGAGAAUUAUGGGAACGUGGUCUCACUGGGAUUUCCACUUUCCAAGCCUGAUGGGAUCUCCCUGCGGGAACAAGAUCUACAGGUCUUUGAUCUGGAAACUAAGAAUAGAGAAGUCUUAAGAGAUGACUGCUCAGAUGGAGAGACCAGAGAAGAGAACAAGCUGUUGAUUCCUAAGCAGGAAAUUUUGGAAGAAGUACAUUCGUAUAAAGUGAGAGUAGGAAGACUCAAAAAGGAUAUUGCCCAAGUUCCUGGGACUAGAGAAGUGUCUAAACCUGAGGACAGAUUAGAAAGGCUUCAGGAAAUCCUAAGGAAAUUUCUCUUCCUGGAGAGAGAGUUUAGGCAAAUAACAAUCAGCAAGAAAGCCUUCACCAGUGACAACAGUGAAUGUAAUGAACCUGAGAAAAGCUUCAGUUUGGACUCUACCCUUGAUACAGAUCAGAGAGUUCUUAGAAUUCAGAAUAUUGAUGAUACUGAUAAGUAUGACAUGGGGGUGAACCAGAAUUCAGCUGCUGGGAAACAAGAACAAAUAAAUCUCAUACAGGAUGUUCAGAGUAGUGAAUAUAAGGAAAGCUUAAUGGAUCUCUCCCACCUUAGUAAAUGUGACAGCAUUCCUGCCACUGAGAAAUCCUAUAAAUGUGAUGCAUGUGAGAAGGUCUUCCAUCAGAGCUCUGCCCUUUCUAGACAUCAGAGAAUUCAUACUAGAGAGAAACCCUACAAGUGUAAAGAAUGUGAAAAAUCUUUCAGUCAGAGUUCAAGUCUUAGUCGACAUAAAAGAAUACACACUAGAGAAAAACCCUAUAAAUGUGAAGCAUCUGAUAAAUCCUGUGAAGCAUCUGAUAAGUCCUGUAGUCAGAGCUCCGACAUAACUCCACAUAAGAGGAUUCACACUAGAGCAAAGUCUUAUAAAUGUAGUAAUUGUGAAAGAGUUUUCAGUCGUAGUGUACAUCUUACUCAGCAUCAGAAGGUUCACAGAGAGAUGCCCUGUAAGUGUACUGUAUGUGGCAGUGACUUCCACCAUACCUCAUACCUUGCCGAACAUCAGAAAGUCCACUGUGAAGAGAAAGCCUAUGAAUACAGUGAUUGUGGGUUGACCUUUGUUAAACAUCAAGGAAUUCAUCUCAGAGAAAAGCCCUAUACGUGUAAUGAAUGUGGCAAAGACUUCAGACUGAAUUCCCAUCUUAUUCAGCAUCAAAGAAUUCACACAGGAGAGAAACGACAUGAAUGUAACGAAUGUGGAAAAGCUUUCGGUCAAACUUCAUGCCUUAUUCAGCAUCACAAAAUCCACGGGCGAGAGAAAUCCUAUGAGUGUAAUGAAUAUGAGGAAAGUUUCAAUCACAGCUCAGAUCUUGUUCUUCAGCAGGAAGUCCUCACCAGAGAAAAAGCCUUUGAUUGUGAUGUAUGGGAAAAGAACCUCGGUCAGAGAGCACACCUCAUUCAACAUCAAAGAAUUCAUACCAAAGAGAAACCUUACGAAUGUGAUGAACGUGGAGAGACCUUUAGUCAAAUUCAGGCCUCCUUCAACAUCUGAGAGGUUAUACCAGGGAGAAAGCAUAUAUGUACUGAAGGUGGUGAAGCCUUCAGUCACAGCUCAACCUUUAUUUAGCAUCGGAGAAUCGACACCAGAGAGAAACCCUCUGAAUGUGACGAAUGUAGGAAGACUAUUUGCCAGUGUUAAACUUCAUCGACAUCUGCAAACCCAUACCAAUGAGAAAAUCUACGAAUAUAUUGAAUGUGGUAAAUGCUUCAUGCCAUUUUCAUACCUUAGUCACCAUUGGAGAAUUCUUAACUGGAAUAAAAUUCCAUCACCAUAAUAAAUGUGAAAUAGCCUUCAAAGUAACUACCUUGCUCAGCAUCAAAUUCAUUCCAUGCAGGAAGCCUAUGAAUGUAAUAAAUACGUAUGCACAUGGGAGGAUUCAGUCAUAUUCUACCCCUUACUCAACGCUAAAGAAUCCAUGCCCAGGAGAAGCCAUUCAAGUGUAGCAAAGGUGACAGAUCUUCCAGUAGGAGUUAAAGUCUUUUUCAUCAUUAGAAUCUCCACACCAGAUCACAAUCUGCUAAUAAUGCAAAUGGAAAAAAUGUACUUCUACAUUUCAGGCUUUACUCAACAUCAAAAUAUUGGAGAGAAAAUUUUAUAUAAAGUUGUUAAUAUAUAGCCCUGAUCUUUCUCAUUGCAGAAGAAGAUAGUCUGAAGAGUGACUUGAUGCAAUGCAGUGCUGAUUCCUCAUGGCAUUCUUUUAUUUAAUAGGUGGUGUAAGUAGGUAUAUAAAAUAUAUGGAAC